UAUUGUUUUUCUUUUUGUUUUAGAUAUUUUUGUUGCUUAUUAACAUAAAUGUUAUAUAUAGAUUCUUUUUUAAGGAAAACUCAGCAGAUAAUUUUGUAUUAUUUUAUUUUAUAUAUUAAUAACUAAAAAAUAAACAUUGGUUAUAUUUUAUUUAAUAAUUCGGUUAUAUAAAAUUAUAUUAUAUUUUUUUUUUCUAUAAUAUGAAUAAUAAAUUUACUAAUUUUGUAUUUCUUUUAUUAUUUUUUAUGUGUUUGUUUUUUAAUUAAUUUAUUAGACAUAUUACUAUACUUUUUAAAAUACUAAGUGAGGCUAGCACGUGCCUAGCUCUCCUUAUGUCACUUCAUUUAUACUUUUAUUAGCUUAAUUUUUAUUUCAUAAAUAAUUAUUUUACUUUUUACAUAUUAGUUAUAGUGCAAAUUACAAAAAUACGUAAGAACUAAAGACUAACUUUUAAAAUUGACAUUUUAGUUAUAUAUAUAUAUAAGAUAUUCAUUAUUUAGAUAUAUUUCACACACUAUUUGCAUAAUUUGACAUAAAUUUUAUAAUGACUGGUACUACUUUUUAAAUGUAGCAUGAGUAAGUAUCAAUACUAUCGGGUAUCUGAAUCACCAACAAAUUUCUUCAGAUCUACGUCACUGCUAACUUCAUGUAAACAACACCACAAUUAAGCUUUUGUUCGUGCUUAAUCAAAAACUGGAAUACUAAAGGUUUAUUAUUGUUGCUGAAUUUAGGGAAAUCAAAGCCCGCAUAGCAUAGAAUCUGUAAUCUUCUUGGAUAUUGUGUCAGUAAAACAUGUCUCAGAUCAUUAGCAAGUGUUUGCAUUAAUUAUAGCAAAUUAAGCACAUAAAAAACAACAAAUAGAAAAACAUCAUAUACCUAACAGUAUUAAGAAUAGUAUAUCAUCUCAGAUUAAUUGAGGUACAUUUUUCAUUAACGUUCUUGUUUCCACUUACCAAAAGUGUAGUAGUUCUACCCCAGCCCAGCCAUGUUCUCAUCUUUCUUCCAAUCAGACUUAACCCAACUGUUCUUCCAUUCAUUUUUAGUAUAAAAGAAAAGUAAAUAACAAAAUAACUUCAGAAAAAUAAUUCAUCACACAAGUACGUAAAAGUUAGUAUUUUACAAAGCACACAUUAAGAAAUAAAUAAUAAACUCCACAGGGGAAAAUUUGACCCCAACUUCAUUUCCAUCUUUUGAGAGUAGAUUAAUUGAAAAGCAAAAUAUAAAAUCAAGAAGGAAUUCUUAAGCUUGACAUUUAAUAAAAAGAAGUAGCCACAUCAUACCUCUUACACAAGAUGCAUCAGCAAUGAUAUGUAGUUAAACGAACUUUUUAGUACACAUGCUUACUCUAAUUAAUAGUGUAAUAGAUGUCCAUAUAAGUCCUAUUCCAUUCUAAACAGUAAGUUAGACUCAAAAUAAGCAUAAUCCUAAUCCUUUCAAUGGGAUCAAUUAAGUGAUUCAACUAUCUCUCCACAACAAAAUUAGAUUCAACUAAACUUAAUCACAUAUUAAGUCUGGCUUAGGAUAGUCUUUUGGUACAAAAUAUCAUACCGUCGUAUUAAUUUAACAUCUCUGUCGCUAUUUUGAGAAUGGAAACUCAAUCGAGAAGCAUUCAGACUAACUGAAUACUCAACUUUUUAUUUCUUAUGUAGACAUAAAAACUUAGUUCUAUUAACACUUGAGAAAGCUUAUAAUUUGUUUGUAAGAAUUGAUAUAUUAUUAAAUUUUUUAUCGCAGUACGUCACAAAAUAAAAUAAAAUAAUUAUCAGUCUUAGGUUAAUUUAAGUUAUUUUCCUACAUCAUGUUUAGCUUUGAAUAAUAAUUAAACAAAUAAUAUGCACUACUUUACUAAUCAACAUCUUCAUGACUAUUAUAAAUAAAAGACUUGGUCAACAAGCAUUUAUUAGAACAAAAUCAUAUAUAAACUUUCAAUUACAAGUGUACGUACAUGAUCAAAAUAUAGAUAAUACCUCAUCAUUUCUAUUAAUUAACUAUUUGCUCCGCUCAUCUUUAUAUAUGUAAUUAUUUGUUUCCUCAGAAUAUAUAUAAUAUAUGUGUAUUAACUAACCUCCACCAAUUUUAGCUCACAAUUCGAAUGCAAGUAAUUAUAAACUCUAUCCCUCUCUCUUUUCAACCAUUCCUCAGCCUAAAAUUUUCACUAUAAUUUUUAUAAUCAUGCAAUCAACAAAAAAGAAUAUACAUAUUGUGCAUAUGACAUGAUGAGUAGUGCGAUAGAACACCUUUAAAAUGUAAUUAGGAUAAGAAUCCUCCAAAAUCCAAUAAGAGGCUUUAAAAGAAUAAUACCACUGUCCAGUAGCAUUAGUCCCUCAAAAUCAUGUUCAAUACGAUUCCAUUUGUCUCAUUCCAAUUUCAACUAUCCCUCACACUCUUUGUCCAUAACAAGAAUAGGAAAGUAGGAUUUAUUAUUUAGUUAUUAGACUGUUAAUUUCUGUUUGGCACUACCGUUAUUUCAGUUGGUAGUUAUAACAACUUUCUGUUGUUAUCUGCUACUGGUUUUUACGCUGCUUUCUUGUAUCUCUGUUCAUUAAUCAAUAAAAUCUUUCCUUUUGCUUUCUUUCAUUUCCGCAACAUGGUAUCAGAGCAAGGAAGUUAUGCUUCCUUUCGGUCUUGAUUACCUCUGUUCCUCCUUCUCGCCGUGUCAAUUUUCUUCUUCUCCGGCGACGGUCUGUGUCUGCAUUGAAGAAUUCAUCUCUUCAUCGACACAGGUUUCCUUUCGACAUUUCUCUUCUCUGUGAAUGUUUUGAUCUCUCCCUUUUCGUCUUUCUUUUCCUAUCAUGGCUACAAAUGAUCAAGGAAUAGGGUCAAUCGAUGGAGAUUCAUCUCAAAUAAACAAUGGUGGUAAUCAAAAUCAAGCUACAAACGCUGGUUUUAAUGUUCAGAUGGUCAGAUCAAGAAGCCCGAUCGAGGAUCCCUCCGAUCCAUACUACUUGCAUCACGGAGACAACCCUGGUAAUGUUUUGGUGUCUCAAUUAUUGACUGGACAGGACAACUACAUUGCUUGGUGCAGAGCUAUGGAGCUUGCUAUAUCUGUCAAGAACAAGUUGGAAUUCUUGAAUGGAAGAGGUUUCAAUGGUUACAUUUUUAUUGUAACCAUCAUGGUUACAUUUUUUUAAGCCAUUGGAUUACUAUUUAAUGGUUGUGAUUAAUUUGGAAAUUAAAUAAAAAUAAAUAAAAAAUAACUUGUAACCUGAAAGUAACCUAAUCAUUUAUUUCCUUAUAAAACUUUAAUUAAGAUUAAUUAUAUUUUAAAAUUAAAUUAAUUAUAAUUAUUAAUUAAUUAUUUACAAUUUAUUACUAUAUAAGGAUUUUUUAGCAAUUUAUAUUUUUAUACUUAAAUUAUUUAAAAUUUUAUAGCAAAGUUUUUUAUAAUUUAAAAUUAUACACAUAUAAUUUCAUAAUUUAAAUUUUAUUAUACUUGUAAUCUUAAUUUUAAAUUAUUACACAUAAUUAUUUAAUUUUUUUAUUUAAAUAUUUAAAAAGUAAAAAAUGAAAUAAGUUGAAGGAUUUUUUUUUAAAAAAAUGGCUGCACUUGUUAUCGAUUGAUUAGCUUGAGGUCUCGAUCAUACUUAGUUCAUAUAAUUGUAACAAAAUAAUUAAAUAUCAUUUAAAAAUAUUUAAUUAUUUGAAAAUUUAUUAUAAGAAGAGAAUUUUAAUUUGUGUCAAAAGAAGUUUAAUUUUUGUAAGAAAAAUAAUUUUUUUUGUAAAUAUUAUAAUUAAAUGGCUUAAUUAUUAAAAUAAUUCAAGUAAGGAUUUAAAUAUAAAUAUUAAUUACUAAAAGAGGUCUUGUUAAAUAUUUAAUUAAUUAUGUUAAGAAAAUAGUUAAUUAUAAUUAAAUAAUUCUAAAAAAGGAAUGUCUAUUUAAUUAAUUAUUUUAAGAAAAUAGUUAAUUAUAAUUAAUUAAAUCUAAAAAAGGAAAGUCUACCUAUUAGUAACCUGCUAUUACAGGUUAAAAAAAAAUGUAACCAUAUGGUUACAAUAAAAAUGUAACCAUUGAAUAGUCACCCAUUCUUGAAUGGGUCUAUUUCUAAACCCCCUAUCACUGAUCACAUUCUUUACAAUGCUUGGAUUCGUAAUAACAACAUUGUUAUUUCUUGGAUUAUUAACUCUGUUUCAAAAAAAAUUUCAUCUAGCAUAUUGUAUGAUGAGUCUGCUGUAGCAAUCUGGAACGAUUUGAGGGUUCGUUAACAGCAAAAUAAUGGAGCACACAUCUACAAUCUAAGGAAGGACUUAAUGAAUCUCAGACUAGAAAACCAAACAGCGAGUAUGUAUUUUACCAAGCUGAAAACUGUUUGGGAACAAUUGUCCAAUUUCAGGCUAAACUGUACUUGCAAUGGGUGUUCUUGUGGAGGAGUCAAGAAAUUGCAAGAACAUCACAACAUGGAGUACAUCAUGUCCUUUCUCAUGGGACUAUCCGAUCUUUAUGCUCAAGUGCGAGGUAAUAUCCUUGUUAUGGAUACACUCCCUGAAAUUAAUAGAGUUUUUCAUCUAGUUACGCAGGAAGAAAACCAAAGAGGAGGACAAAACAACACCACGGAUCCAAACUCCAAUAUGGCUUUUGCCUUCCAAGGAGAAAAGAAUUCAGGCAAACGUGAAUCACAAGGACCACCCAAGACUCAACAACCAAAACGUGGCAGACCUUUUUGUACUCAUUGUAACAUGCAUGGACACACCAUCGAGAAGCGUUACAAGAUACAUGGAUAUCCACUGGGAUACAACAAAGGAGGGAAAUCAAAGGAUGCUGCUGCAAACCAGUUCCAAACCUCCAAUGAAACCAGUUUGGGUCCCAGUGAAAGCAACACUUUGUUGCCACAACUCACACCAAAUCAAUAUCAGCAGCUCUUGAAUCUUCUUGCUGCACAAACCAUCAAUCUGCCCACUACAAAUCCGAGUACAUCUAAUGGGAACUCAGGAAACGCACACCAAGAUGAUAUUUGGCAAAGGUGUAUCGGCUAAUGGUCUCUACAUAUUGGACACCACACCCGUUCUCAUCAAUGCUUUUACAUCGGCUGAAACUUGGCACAAGCGUUUAGGUCAUUUGUCAAAUAAAUGUUUAGACUUACUACAAGAUUCUUUGAAUUGUGAAACUAAAAAUUUGCAUAGCAUUGAACCUUGUUACAUUUGUCCUUUAGCCAAGCAAAGAAAAUUACCUUUUCCUAAUAAUAACAGAUUUACCAAUCAUUGUUUUGAUCUUACUCAUUGUGAUAUUUGGGGGCCUUAUUAUGUUACUUCUCACUCUAAUCAUAAGUACUUUCUUACUUUGGUUGA